CGCCGCAAGGAGUCGGGCGGCUCCACGGCGGCCCCGCUGCCCGAGGAGGACUGCAUGAAGCUGAACCCCUCCUUCCUGGGCAUCGCCCUCCGCUCCCUGCUCGCCAUCGACCUCUGGGCCUCCAAGCGCCUGGGCGUCUGCGCUGGAGAGGACUCGGCCUGGGGCAGCGCGCGGCCCCUCAUGAAGGUCAUCGAGGUUUCGGGGCACGGCAUCCCCUGGCUGCUCGGCACUUUCUGCGGGCUCUGCCAGAGCGACAGCUCAGCGGCCAGGGAAGUGCUGCUCAACCUGCUCUUCGCAUUGCUGCUGGAUCUCGUGCUGGUGGCAGUGGUGAAAGGGCUCGUGAAGCGGCGGCGGCCGACACACAACAAGAUGGACAUGUUCGUCACCAUCUCGGUGGACAAGUACUCCUUCCCGUCCGGCCAUGCCACCAGAGCCGCCCUGGUCUGCCGCUUCAUUCUGCGCCACCUUGUGCUUGCCGUCCCGCUGCGGGUCCUCGUGGUGCUCUGGGCUCUCAUCGUCAGCAUCUCCAGGGUCAUGCUGGGCAGGCACAACAUGACGGACGUGCUCUUUGGUUUGCUGCUGGGCUACGCGCUGUACAGCGUGGUGGAGUACUGCUGGCUGUCCCCACUCAGCGCCCCGGCCCUCUUCGCGCUCUGGAGCCAUUGA